AUAAUUGACAACAUUUUAUAAUAAUAAUUGAUCUAAAUCUAAAUUACUCUACAUGUGCAAGAGUAAAUAAAAAAAAAAAAGAUUUCUUAUUCAACAAGAUAUACAUUGUAAGAGUGAACAGCAAAAAUGGUAGAAGUAGAACAACAGUCUACAGAAAUAAGACUCUCUGUACCUUGGGGUCAUGUUGCUGCCAAAACUUAUGGUUCUUCCACAGGAAAGCUAGUCUUAGUAGUACAUGGUCGUCUAGAUAACGCAGGAUCGUUUACUAGAUUGAUGAAAUAUUUACCAAAAGAAUUAUUUUAUUAUGUAUGCAUAGAUUUACCUGGACAUGGAUGGUCAUCACACUUUCCAUCUUGGAUGAUAUUAGAUGUUAUGGAUUAUAUACAUGCGUUAUAUUUUAUCUUAGAAGCGCUUCAGUGGAAAACAUUUAUUUAUAUAGGACACAGUUUGGGAGCCCAAAUAGCUGUGAUAUUUAAUACUUUUCAUCCAAACAGAAUCGAAAAGUUAAUUUCUAUUGAUGGCAUUCUUAUGAAUCCUACUAUAUUUAAAAAAUUUACAACUUAUUUUAAGAAUGCAUCUGCAUUUUCAUUAAAAGCUUAUCAUAAAGAAAAACCGUUGUCUUUUACUAGAGAAGAAAUAUUACAUGCUCUUAAGACUAUAAGGUUUGGUGGAAUUUUGAAUUCUGAAGCUGUCGAUGCAUUAUUUGAACGUGCAGUUACAGAAGUAAAUGGAAAGUACAUUUAUAACAGAGAUAUACGACUAAAAAAUCAUCCUUUUACAUUUAUGCAGAUAAAUGAAUGUCAGAUGUUUAACAGCAUGUUUUCAGUUCCAACAUACCUCGUCAUUCCAUCUCACGGUAUUAUUUUCGCACAUAAACAACUUUAUAUGUUAGUAUCGGAAACAAUAAAAACUAAAACCACGUUAGAAGUAAUUCAUAUAGACGGAAAUCAUCACGUUCAUAAUAAUAACCCUGAAAAAGUUGCACCAUUUAUAUGUAAAAUAUUAAAUAGUAACUAUUCUAGCAAACUAUAGAUAAUUGUGUGCAUACAUGCACGCAUAUACACACGU